CACGUUCACCCUAUGGGGAUCACAUCUAAACCGUAUGAUGGUCGUGUCAGAUCUUUCACCUAAUCUUUUUUACUUCCACGUGUUGCUGUGUUCUGUUUGCGGAAAUUGCCGCGCCUUUCACCCCAUCGUUAUUUCGACACCGCUACUACGUCGCUCGUCGGCCAAGUCAGCGCCCCUUUGGAGGUUCCCGGAGAUCAAUCGUUCAUUCCAUUGGCAUGGUCCUUCCCAGCAUCCUCCAUGAAUGGAAAUCAGCCUUGUUGACUGUUGCAACUUGGGCCGAUUACAUGACCACCGACUUUGGGGGCGUUCACCAACUCCGCUCAGUUGUCGGACCACACCGGACUUCACUCGAUCCAGUGCGGCCAAUUCAUGCCUGUCUCAUCUCGUAAUAUGCACUUCAGCUGUGAUUAUCCCACGCCGGCUCAGUGCCGCUCUCGAUCAAUUUUGUCAUGAUCUGGGUCCGAAGCCAGUCGGAAAAGAAGCUGACAACCGGAAAGACUCGUGGAUGGAUCUGGGUUCAGAACUGGAGGCUCUCGGCUCACUGGUGUAUCAUGUUGUCCCUGUUUUGAACUUUUUUGUGGAAUUCUCUCUGCUCGUCCAGUCUCG